CAGACACACAGACACACACAAACACACACACACACAGACACCCGCGCGCGCGCGCGCUCACACGCGCUCACACGCUCUAGGGCUCACACACACUUUAGACAUACAGACGCUCUGUGCUCGGUGUCAGCGGCGCAUGUAGGACCACGGAGCACCAGCUGGGACUGUAACCCCGAACCGGACCCACCAUGGACCUUUUCGAAUUCGACUUUUUCAGAGAUUGGGAGCUGGAGCAACCAUGCCACGUGGAGUCGGAGCGCAGUGCCCUGAAGAGGCGGGAGUGGGAGAGGAGGACCCAGGAGGUGCAGCAGGAUGAAGACCUCUUCUCCACCGGAUUCAACCUGUUUGGGGAACCCUACAAGACCAACAAGGGCGACGCACUGGCCAACCGCGUCCAGAGCACGCUGGGCUCGUACGAGGAGAUGAAGGACCUGCUGACCAGCCACUCCAACCAGAGCCACCUGGUGGGCAUCCCCAAGGGCGGGGCGGGGGCCAACGGCCUGCAGGCGGCCCCCGGCUCCGUCGCCGCGACGACCGACCGCCCGGGCCCGCUCGCCCUGUCCCAGCAGGGCCUGCUCUUCACCGAGGGACUGAGAGGAGGUGCAAUGGACGGAGGAGAAGGAGGAGGAGGAGGAGGAGGAGGAGGGCAGGAGAGGGAGAACCCAAACUGUUUGCUGUCGUCUUCCACCAGCGCCGCACCGGCGUCCAUACAGACACUCCUCUCUUCAUCCUCCUCCUCCUCCUCUUCCUCCUUCCUGUCCUGCGGGGCCCCCUCGUCGUCGCUGGGCCCCGAGGGGCCCCCGGCCCAGCCCGGCUGCAAGAGGAGCUCCUCCUCCCGGGGGGGCCCGGCGGACUGGGCCAGGGGGCCCCACGGGACGGGGGCCCCGGGGAGCGGCCUGGUCCUGGGGCUCCCCGCCCGCAGUGGCGGCGGGGGGGGGCCGGGGUCAGGGGUCGCGGGGGGGAGGAGUAAGGGGACGUCGCUGCCCACGACCACGGCGGCUAUGACCACGACGGCCCUCCUGGACGGGGCCCAGCUGCAGCGGCACGAGGAGCUGUUCAGCUCGCUGAAGGACGAGCUGGGCCUGAAGGGGGACUCUAGCCCCUCUGGGUCGUCCACCUCCUCCUCCUCUUCCUCCUCCUCUUCCUACUCGUCCUCCUCGGGGAGGAGGCAUGCGUCUCAUCCGUCCAAACCCCCCUCCUUCCCAGACAGAGUCUCCGCCCUGGACGGCCACUUCAAGCCUGCCAGCGUCGCAGAGAGCAGCGCCCACGCUAAACCCUCGCCCUCCGAGAUCGAGAUGGGCGCCGCCUUCUCCACCUCCUCCCCAUUGGCCUCUACCUCCGUUCUGACCACGCCCACCCCCGGCUUGACCACUCCCACGUCCUGCUUGACCACGCCCACGUUCCCGCCGGGGCCCUGUCUGUCGGGGAAGCCCACGGCGGUCCAGCAGAAGCCCACGGCGUACGUCCGGCCGAUGGACGGCCAGGACACGGCGCCCAGUGACUCCCCCCAGCUCAAGCCCCCCCUGGUGGUCCCCGAGGGGUACGGCAACAGCCAGCCACUGGGCGGGAACGCGGCCAACACCAAGAACAAGCUGCCCAAGCUGAGCCUGGGCCACACCGGAGAGGUCAGCCUGCCCAACGACUCCAGCUGCGUGGAGGAGAUCCUGCGGGAGAUGACCCACUCCUGGCCUCCGCCCCUCACUGCCAUACACACUCCAGGCAAAGCUGAGCAGACCAAGUUCCCCAUCCCAAACAAGGAGUCCCAACAUGUGAUCUCAGGCUACAGCACCCAGAAAAGAUGCACUGUACCAGCUAAUAAGCCUGCCACCAAGCCACCAGCUGCCCCACAGAAAUCGAUGCUGGAGGAUGAUUUGAAGAUCAGCAGUGAUGAAGAUGAUACUGACCAGCAGGUGACUGAAAAGCCCAAAGCCAGAAGCACUGCGCUCAGCGGGGCGUCAGCAAGUAGCAGCGAAUCAGAGAGCAGCUCCGAGUCAGACACUGACGAAUCAGAGACCAGCUCGAGUGACAGCGAGUAUAACCCCGCCUCCCGCGUCAAUACCCCAGAGCCGGAACCUCCGUCCGCAAACAAGUGGCAGCUGGACAGCUGGCUGAACAAGGUCCAGCCCCAGAGCAAGCCCCUGGGACCCCCGCAGCCGGAGCACCCCCACACAGGCACCGUCACCCUGGGAUCUGUGAGCUUCUCCCCAGGGCGGGAGGCCCUGGGGCUGGGGACGACCGGCAAGACGAAGCCCUGCGCCUCCAACCCCCCCACCCUGGCCCCGGCGCAGCCCGCAGACCAAAAGGACCCCCGGCCCCUCUUCUGCUCUUCAGGCAGAGAGAAGGCCAAGGGCAAGCAGGUCCCGAAGGCCACAGCAGAGGGUCAGAGGUCGUGCAAGAUGCGUCUGUCGCCGGCGGUGCCAUCGGGCCCCGAGGGGCCGGCCUCCAGGAGGACCACCACGGGCAAGAAGCAGCCCCGGAGAACCGAGAGGGCCGGCAGCCUGGAGGAACCGCAAAACCACAGCCAGCCCCCCUGGACCAGAGCCAAGGAGGAACCGCAGAACCUCAGCCAGCCCGCCUGGACCAGAGCUCACCAGCACAGCCCAGCCGCAAGGGAUAAAGAGCUGCCAGCCCCCCCCAGCUCGGAGACCCAGAGCGUGACCCGGCCACGGGGGCCCAAGACCCCCACCGGCAGCAAGUCGGCCCCCAGGAAAGAACCCAGGGGCAGCACCACUGGCCCCGCCACCACGGCCCCGCCACCAGCACCCACACCCCAGCUUACCCCCGCCGCAAUGCCUGCUGGGAGUCUGAGUCAGGACAAGCGCAAGCACCGCGGCCCCAGCAGCAAAAUCACGCCAAAGUCCCGGGAGUUCAUCGACACGGACUCCUCCUCUUCCUCCUCCUCCUCGCCGGAAUGCCACUCCGACCCGGAGGGCGGGGCCAAGCUCCCAGCCGCCCCGCGCGCGGCUCAGAGCAUAGCGACGGUCGCUAACGCCCAGGCACACUCGCUAGCACCCUCGUUCCCCGAACGCCCCCUUACCGCCCCCGGCGGCGGCGGCGGUAAGGGGGCGUUCGGGGGCAAAGGACUCCGGGUCAAAGACCACGGCGGUUCCGCGGCCGUCGGCGGCGCGGCGAGCAGCAGCAGCGCCGGCAGUAAGAACAGCAUUAGCAUCAGCAUCAGCAGCAGCAGCAGUUGCAGCACCAGCGCCUCUAGUGGCGGCUGUCUGUCCCUGAACCUCCCGAACCUCGGCGGGGCGUUCAGCACCUCGGCCCCCGAGCCCGGGGGGUCCAGGGGGAAGCAGUGCAAGGACCCGGACCCCCUGUCCCCCCCUCCCACCCUGGGCCACGACCCGCCCCUGUCCCCGCUCCGAGAGCCCCCCGAGUGCCAGAGACUCUGGGUGAAGAUUGAACUGAGCCUGCUGGGCAGGGUGCCCGGCCAGGGGCCGGGGUCCGGGGGCCCGCCGGCGGGCGGGGAGAGGUCGAGGGCGGGGGAGAGGGAGAAGCCGGGCCGGCCGCUGCAGAGAGAGAGAACGGAGGAGGAGGAGGAGAGAGAGAGGGACACGCAGGAGCCAGAGGGGCAGAGGGAGACAAGGCAAGGCGAGCGAGAGGAAGGGCGGGAACGGGACGGGGAGCGGGCCGCGACGCGGGACAAGGAGAAGCCGUGCCAAAUCUCGGGGGGCCGCGACGACCCCCCCACACAGGAACAGGGCCCCGCCACGCCCUGGCCGCCCAGACGGGCGGAGAAGGCGGAGAACAGCAGCAAACAUAAGAGGCAGGCGGCCGGCCACGGCCCCGCCCCCACGGAGAAACACAGCAGCAAGAGCAAGAGGAAACACAAGUCGGAUCACGGCGAGCCGUCAGUCAACGGAAGCAAGAGGCUCCGAUUGGACAAAGACUGCAAGCUCCUCCCACCCUGCAUCUCCCCCAUACACACACACAAGAACGGCCCCACAGGCUCUCUAAACAGGAAGCAGUCUCGGCGCCGUGACGACAAGCUCCUCCCUCCCCUCCUAACCCCGCUGUCCGAUGACCCGCCUCCUCCUCCACCUCCUCCACCUCCUCCUCCUCCUCCUCCUCCAGUCUCUCGGAAGCGCACCUGUGACGUGGGGCCCUCCCUCGGACAGGAGACCGGCUCCUCUUCCUCCUCCUCCUCAUCCUCCUCCUCCUCCUCCUCACAUAGGCACCGGAGGGCUGAAGCCAAGGCCAAAAACACCAGCGAGGUGGAAAGCUAUGGCCACAAGCCCUGCGGAGACGGUUACCAUGCCAACGGGACCUCGGAGGCGGAGCCAACGUUUUCCGAACCGCCGUUGGAGCCCGCGGAAUCGGGCCGACCCAGGCUGGCGUUGAGUGACAGUGUCUACACCGCAGACUUCUACAUGCAGGAGGCCAAGAGGCUCAAGCACAAGGCUGAUGCUCUGAUGGAGAAGUUCGGGAAGGCGGUGAACUACGCGGACGGCGCCCUCUCCUUCAUCGAGUGCGGGAACGCCAUGGAGCGGGAUCCCCUGGAGGCCAAGUCCCCCUACACCAUGUACUCGGAGACCGUGGAGCUCAUCAGGUACGCUCUGAGGUUAAAGAAUUUCGCGAGCCACACAGCGAGUCUCCCCGAGAAGAAGCUGGCUGUCUUAUGCAACCGAUGUCUGUCUCUGCUGUACCUGAGGAUGUUCCAUCUGAAGAAAGACCAUGCCGUCAAGUACUCCCGCUCACUCAUGGAAUAUUUCAAGAACUCCACAAAGAGCUCCCAGCAGGCCCCCUCGCCCUGGAGGACCAAUGGGAAGGUGAACGGCACCCCGUCCCCCCUCUCCCUCAGCCCCUCCCCCGCGGGCAGCGGGGGCGAUAGGGGCGGGGCCGGCGGUAGCUCCUCCUCCUCGGGCAGUGUGGCCAUCCCCCAGCGCAUCCACCACAUGGCGGCCAGCCACGUCAACAUCACCAACAACAUCCUGCGCAGCUACGAGCACUGGGAGACCGCCGAGAGGCUGGCCGCGCCCGGCAAGGAGUUCUUCCAGGAGCUGGAGGCGAUGAUGGAGCCUCUGACCCAGCAGAGUAGCAUGACGGAGCUGGUGCGCUACGUCAGGCAAGGGCUCCACUGGCUGCGGCUAGAGGCCAACCUACUGUAAAGCACGGACUCCAACUCUCUCUCUCUCUCUCUCUCUCUCUCUCUCUCUCCCCCAUCACCACCCCUCCUCCCCCGCAGUAGGGAGUUAUAUUUUUACUGAGCUGUGUUUUUUUUAUUUAUUUUUUUUGGCCUGGGAACUAGAACUGGGACAAUGGGUCAGGUGUGGUUUCUAAAUGAACAAUAAUAAUCGCAGUAAUAUUCAUGAUAAUAAUAAGCACUUCCUUCUGCUGGAGGAGAGCAGCUGGAGACUGGCUCCGAGAUCACCCUCAGAACGCAGGAGCUAAUGGCAUCCCCCCUAGCCCCCCCCCUACCACCACCACCACCACACACACACACACGCCCUUAAAAAUACGCUUCAAAUGUAUUUUCAAAAUUGCAAUUUUGCUACAAAGGGACUCAAAAUGGCUGCCGGGGGGGAGACAUUGUCUGGCGUGCGUUGUCGUGCGAUGGGGAACAAGCCCCUUCAAAUCUGUGCUUUUGAGAGGCUAGAAAAUGCCUUUUGGAUCAUUGACUAACACACGGCGGACAAAAAGCAGCCUCAUCAACGCAGGCCUCCGUGAGCGUUCAUACGAGGGAACCAGCGCGCGGUUAACAACCACAAUCCUCUGGUUUUCUGCGGUGCCGUUUGCCGCGGCGGGGGUUCAGAAUGUACAAGCUGGAGGAUAUUUCCAAUGCAGUUGGAAUUUUUGUUUCAUGUCUUUCACACCUGACUCGGGAUAAUAAUGUGCUUCAAAUGACCAUUUCUGGAAGAGGAAAUGUCACUGCAGUGUUAUUGUGCCGCGGGGCUGUUUUUGAAUAUCCCUGAAAUGCAACAGCUAUCCGAGCACUAUGUUAUUUACUAUAACUAACGGAAGGGGCGAAUACAAAGGGACUGCAGCAGUCCGCAACAGCAGUAUCAAAAGGAUUUCCCUUGUUUCAAACCCCAAUACCACAAACAACACUGAAUUAGAACAAACUUUUAGCUCACUAAAUAUUGACCUGUUAUUUGGUAUUAGUCAGUGUGUCUCUGUCAUGGCUGCUGAGGCAUCCGGCUGUGAUACCAGCUCAUCCCUUAAGGGAGCCAGGCAGACCCGUUGUGCAGAGACUGUGAGCAGGCAGGGGCUUAAGUGCCAACGCACAGGUUGCUUAAUAAAGCGAAGGGGAACAUGUCACAAAUGCUCCUUUUCUUUUUAACCUAAAAUCACAACUUUGUGCAAUGCAAAGUGUGGAAGUGUGACCAAAAAGCCACACUUCCAGGUGAGAGCAACACUAGAGCUAGAGCGAACGCACAAAGAAUGGUUAUGUGGGAGAGGCUGGAGCCUGGCGGCCCAUUAAACGUUAUUUAAUCAUCGCUGUGGCAACCUGAGCCUCUGUAGUUUCCCCUUGAAGCCAGAAGGGGCAGCGGCGUAUCAGUCCUGUUAGCAGGACGGGUUUCCAGCUACGCGGUCUCAGGGUUCCACUCUAGCGCC